AUGUCGGAACAUGUUUUACCGGCAGAAGAGCCGGUGCGGUUCAUAGCACCAAUUAUACAGGAUAAUCCGACAGGAUGGGGUCCAUGCGAAAUGCCGGAACAGUUUCGGGACAUGCCUUACCAACCCUUUAGUAAAGGCGAUCGCUUGGGUAAAAUUAGCGAUUGGACUAUGGUACAAGAUAAAAAAUAUCAAAACAAGUAUGCGUCUCAAUUUGGCGCUGGUUCGUCUUACGCGUAUUACCACGAAGAGGAUGAGAGUACGUUCCAUCUCGUUGACACGACAAGGGUGCAGAAGCCCCCAUACCAGCGGGGACGCGCCCGUGGCCAGCGAGGUCGUGGUGCUAGGGGUGCACGAACGCCUGGCGGUAUGACAACAUUGAACAAGCAACGUGAUCGUAAGCUUGGCAAGAGAUGGGGCCAGCGAGGAGCUCCAAUGAAGAUCCGUGAUGCAUCAGUAACGGUGAGACCUACAUGGGUCACUAUAGAAGAUAUGGACUUUCCUCGCCUUGCAAAGCUGUCUUUGCCUGGUAUCAAAGAAGGUGAAGAUAUUGUAUGCUGCGGUACAUUGGAGUAUUAUGACAAAGCUUAUGACCGUGUCAAUGUAAAACAUGAGAAGCCACUGCAACGCAUAGACCGUAUCUUCCAUACGGUCACUACUACUGAUGAUCCAGUGAUCCGAAGGCUGAGCAAAACGGCAGGCACUGUGUAUGCCACUGAUGCUAUAUUGGCCACCAUCAUGUGCUGUACUCGCUCCAAUUAUUCUUGGGAUAUUGUUAUUGAGAAGAUUGGUGACAAGUUAUUCUUUGAUAAACGUGACAACACUGAGUUUGACUUGCUGACCGUAAAUGAGACAUCUGUGGAGCCGCCGACUGAUGAUGGCAACUCCAUCAACUCGCCGCGUAACCUCGCGCUUGAGGCGACUUUUAUUAACCACAAUUUCAGCCAACAGGUGUUGAAAAACGGCCCAGCUGAGCCGAAAUAUAAGUUUCCGGAGCAGAACCCGUUCGUGUCUGAGGAAGAGGAAGGCGAGGUUGCAUCUGUAGGAUAUCGCUACCGCAAAUGGAACCUGAACAAUGGUGUUGUGCUGGUAGCUCGAUGCGAACACGAUGCAGUAAUGCAGGGUCCUCAAAAUGAGACCCAGUUCCUUAGCAUCAAGGCACUGAACGAGUGGGAUUCUAAACUCGCCAAUGGAGUGGAGUGGCGCCAGAAACUGGACACGCAGCGCGGUGCUGUACUUGCUAACGAACUCAGGAAUAACUCGUGCAAGCUCGCUAAGUGGACCGUCCAGGCGCUGUUGGCCGGCUCGGACCAGAUCAAGUUCGGGUACGUGUCCCGCACGCAAGUCCGCGACAACUCCCGUCACGUCAUCCUCGGAACGCAGCAGUUCAAGCCGCACGAGUUCGCGGCGCAGAUCAACUUGUCUAUGGACAAUGCCUGGGGUAUCCUACGCUGUAUCAUCGAUAUUUGCAUGAAGCAAAAGGAUGGCAAAUACUUGAUUAUGAAAGACCCCAACAAGCCUCUGAUCCGUUUGUAUGACAUUCCGGACAACACGUUCGAGUCGGACGCGUCUGAAGAAAGUGGCGACGAGCCGGCCGACACACCAUUUGCUCCACUCUAUUCUUACGGCAACUCCAAGAGAAUUUAG